CGAUCCGAUAUUUCGUGAUUGUGUCACACAUGUCGAUCGUCCGCUGCUGUCAAGUGCAUUAGGUAGUUUCCUCUUGUAAGGAUGGGCCGUGCAGUGUUGUUUCCUGACAUACGAGUUGGAACGUUUCACUUGGCAGCCAAAAUGCUUGGUUGCUCUUUGUUGUGCAUGUGUGGGGUUUGCGGUGUGUACAUGCCAAUACUCUGCCAAGAUACUUUCCUUGUGGGUUUAGGUCGUCAAGGUGAGCAAACUUUAUUGCCACAGACUCCCUGGAGGUCUCUCACGGUGCGCAAUACUGAUAUAUCCUAAUCUGCGGCGAAUGCUUUCCACGCCAAGUACUCAUUGCUCCAACCAGAACCAGAUCUACAGUAGUGGUUUGGAGGGCAUCACAGGGACAUUUUCAGGGAAUGUCUAGUGACAAGAGCUUGUGACCAGCAGUAGUCAUGUCAGUGAACGACUUCAACGAUGUGAGAACGGAAUUUUCGGUGCGGGUUCCACUUCUUGGCCUAACUCGAGCCUAGUUUUAGUCUUAUCGAUUGAAUGAUGAUGUGAAAGGUGUACGUCUGGAAAGGUAACCGUCAAGUGCUGAAUGAUUACAAAUGAAAUAAGCCAAAGGCUAAUGUGAGGGGAAUGAUAGGGGUGCCCGUCAAACUGUAGG